UAGGGAUAAAUAUUUUUGAGAGUUGGUAACACUGGUCUGUGGAGUGUGGACCCAAUAAUAUUUGAUGUUUGUGCCUAGGCCUAGGAACUUUUUUUUUUGAUGUGAUUUAUAUUUUAAUGUAGUUGUUACCUAUAAUUGUUUGGUUAAUUAUCUGAAAGAACCUACUAAAAUGUCUUCACCACGCCCAAAGUCACCUCGUACUCCAGUAUUGCCUAAAAAAGAUGACAAGGAAGAAUCAUUCUGGGAUAAAAUUGGCACAAUCGGACGUAAAAAGCGUAUAAAGGAAGUUCAAGAAGUACAAGCGGAAGGUAAAUACGCUAUUGACUCGCCAGGGAGCCCUACAGCACCAGAGAUACCACCUGAAGACUACAGUCUACUUGAUAAUGAAGAAAGAGCAAUAAUAGAACCAAGAUCACUAGAGGAUCCGAGAGUGAAAGAGCUGAUUCAAGUGCUGAUAGAUUGGGUAAAUGAUGAGCUUGCAGCUCAGAGAAUUAUUGUAAAGGAUAUCAGUGAGGAUCUGUAUGAUGGACAAGUCCUUCAAAAGCUUCUGGAAAAGCUUACAGAGACUAAACUGGAUGUUCCCGAGGUGACACAGUCAGAAGAGGGUCAGCGUCAAAAACUAGCUGUUGUUCUCAGAGCUGUCAAUAGGGUGUUGUACGGAACGUCAAAGCCAGUUCAAAAAUGGAGUGUAGAUACUGUACAUUCCAAAACAGUUGUUUCCAUACUUCAUCUUCUGGUGUCACUUGCUCGCCACUUCAGAGCACCCAUUCGUCUUCCAGAGAAUGUCAGCGUCAAAGUUGUGGUAGUGAAAAAAGAUGCAACCAAUUUGCUGUCCCAUCGCACUUACAUUGAAGACCUUACUACAACAUACGAUGACCUUGGUAUGAAAUGUGAAAGGGAUGCAUUUGAUGCACUAUUUGACCAUGCACCAGACAAAUUACAAGUUGUCAAGAAGUCUUUGAUCACUUUUGUGAACAAACACCUUACUAAAGUGAACUUGGAGGUGAUGGAUCUCGACACACAGUUCCAUGAUGGAGUAUAUCUUUGUCUCCUGAUGGGACUCCUUGAGGGAUUCUUCGUGCCCCUGUACGACUUCCACUUGACGCCCCAGGACUUUGAUCAGAAAGUGCACAAUGUCUCUUUUGCAUUCGAGCUGAUGCAAGAUGUUGGACUAGCUAAGCCCAAAGCAAGGCCUGAAGAUAUUGUCAACCUUGAUUUGAAGUCAACACUGAGAGUCCUGUAUAAUUUGUUUACAAAGUACAAAAAUAUGGCCUAGUCGUCCAAAUAAUAUAUAAUACGUCAUUGCUUUUAAUGCAUUUUACAUCACAACUGCACGUUAUUUAUUUAUUUUUGACGCACUUAGAUAUUAUUACUUUUUUUUAUUUUAUAUCACGUUACAUUAUACUUAUGAGCAAAAAAAUUAGGAGUUUGGGUAAAACAAAAAUCAGUUUUUAAAUAUUUCGAAGAAAUAUUUUUUUUUAAUUUCCCGAGUUAUUUAAUUAUAAAAAACAUAUUUACUGUCGGAACAUUUACUAGAGCAGUGACAUUCAGAAGAAAUGUGUGAAAAAAGUUUAAUUGAAAUAAUUUGAGCAACUUAACGUCACGUUAAAAUUAAGUUAACUCUUUUGUAAACGAUAUUUUUAAUGUAUUAAAGCAUUGUGCCAAUUAACAAAUAUCUACAAGUUUGACGUCAUCACAAAUAUGAAGUCAUUUUUUUUGCAAUUUUUGAAUAUAUAUUGUUUUAUUGAGCAAACUUUGUUUAACAUAUUAUUUUUAUUUAUUUAAUUUUUUAUACAUAUACGUAUUGUGUUACGCAGUGGCGUGCACCUCAUAGAUGGAAAAAAACACUGUCUACCCUAAGGACUCAAUACAGACCUAAUAUAAAUACCUUAUGCACGCCACUGGUGUUACAUACAAACAUACUUUAACUGUGCCCCUCGUGCUGUGACCUCGUUUUAAUGCUUAAAAGAGUGAGAUUCGGCGAAGUGCACUUAACUCGAUAAAGAAAAACUUAUGAUGUAUGGCGGGUGAAUAUUUAACAAAUAGGCAAAGUUAAAACUAAGAAUUAGUGUACCCAUUAACUCAAUCUCUAGCUAAUCUCUAGAUAACUCAACAGGAGAGAACGGAUGUUGCAGGAGAGAUGUCGCAUACCGGCGAGGUACACAGUUAGAUCCCUACAAGUUGUAUGUAAUAUUACAAGUUGACUGUAAUAAGGGACCUUAACAAAUUGUGUAAUACUGGAGACCCCUAAAGGAGAUGGUUCAAAAUUGUAUGGAGCCCAGGAUCAGUCAUUGUACCCUGGCGGAAAUAAAAGAAAAUAAUAAUUUUAACCAUUUUCGAUUAUAUAAAUCUACGAAUUUACUUUAGUUCUUUUGAAAUAAUAUUUAUUCUCUCCCAAGAAAUGCAACACUAAUAUGGGUAACGACGGCAGAUUGAUGACGUUUUCAACGCAAUAGUCGUUUUGACGUUUGCUAUCAAAUGUCAUAGUUGCUGUAUGGGCGCCAUCUUGAUAUUACUCAAAAACUUGGGUUUUAAUUAUAUUUAUUUCUUUUUAUUUAGUUACAUUUAUUCACUUAUUUAGAUUUUAACAAAUACCCUGUAUUUUUUAAAUUUUAAUGAUACGGGGUACAAGAGUGGAUCUGAAAUGGACCAUCUCCUUUGUCUGUAAUACGGGAGACCCCUACAAUUUCGGUAAUUCGGGAGAUCCUUACAAGUUGUCUGUAAUACGAGAAGCCCCUACAGUCUGUACUUUGUAUUAAGGCAAACCUCUUACACGUUGUCUAUAAUGUGGGAGACCCCUGCAAGUUGUUUGUAAUACGGGAGAACCUUACAAGUUGUCUGUAAAGGGCCCUACAAGUUGUCUGUAAUACGGGAGAUCCUACAAAUUGUCUGUAACAUGGGAGACGUGUACGGGUUGUCUGUAACACGGGAGACUCGUACGGGUUGUCUGUAACACGGGAGACUUGUACGGGUGGUCUGUAACACGAGAGACUCGUACGGGUUGUCUGUAACACGGGAGACUCGUACGGGUUGUCUGUAACACGGGAGACUCGUACGGGUUGUCUGUACGAAGAACCCUUAAAUGUUCUUUGUAAUAUGGUAGACCCAUACGGUUAUUUGUAAUUCGUCUGUUGUCUUACGUAUGUGUCAGCUCCGAUAGUCUGUAGGUACGGAUCUCCCGUAUAACUGCGAACUCAGCAUAAAAUCAAAAGCUGAAUUUAUCACUAAUUGUGAACUGUUCCAGGCUUUACACAUAAUCCAGGUUUUAAAUGAAAUUAAAAACGACGACGUAUUUUUCAUGUUUGCGAUCUUACAAUUAUUCAUAAGAGACUAAUUUUAUAUAAUGUUUGCUAAUUAUUUUAAGGUGCCAUUUUAUCUUUUGAUACUAAUGUUAACACUAGCAUAUUUCUUACAUAUGUAAGCGGUCUGUUAAUUGAAAUAGGCGCAGAAAUUUUUUUUUGAGUGCCUAAUGAUGUGCGCGAUUUUAAUGGCGUCAAUGUGUUGCUAUGGUAACCAUAAUAAUCGCGUACCAAAUUUUCAGUUAUCAUAUAUCUUAAAGGAAAGUGUUUUAUCAAUUAAUUUCAAUAUAAUAUCUGAGAAUUACUUUAAGUAAUAUGAUAUCAUUGUCAAAAUUCAUUUAAAAUACAGUUAUUUUAGUAAAAAUUCGAAUAUAUUACUGUGACAAAGACGAAUAUUUACCAUAGUAAAUUUAAAACACGCUUUGCCGAAUCAUUAAGGAAUUAUUAUAAAAGGCUAAGAAGAAUAAUAGAAAAGUUUUUGUAGAAACAUCAAUUAAUAAUUAUUUUUGGUUUAUAAAUUAUACCUGACCUGUACUUACUGAUGAACGACUUUUUCGAUCGACUUACUUGCCGCGAUCUGUACUAAUAUUAAAAAAAAUUAAAAAUAUUGAUAGUGUAAGCCUAUAUACAAUCUACUCAAACGCCUGCUGCAUCAGCUACCCUAUAUCGAACUGCGAUGUGGUGGAGUCCUCUUGCCAGCUGGAGGGCCGUGGGUUAGUUGUAGAUCCAGCAAAACAAGUUUUGUAGCCUAUUAUUCGGAUUACUUUUUGCGGUGAUUUUGUAAAGACGUAACCGAUCUAUAGUAUAAAAUUAUCAUUGGUUGUAGGUGUAUUUGUUGAUAUUUACAACUGUGAGAGUCUCAUCUGAUUCAUAGGUUUACCUGUUUACCUCGAGGGCCAUUACCUUGUAAUAAUGUGUUGUAAUAUUUUAAUUUGUAUCACAAUCUUUCUCAGUCUGUCACAAUUCGUUGUGAUACCUUCAUAAGAGCUUAAUUUUGGAUUUAUAUUUUAAUUUAGUCAUAUAUACUAAUGAAUUUUAUUAAUUUAUUAACAACGCAUAAUGUGCCUUUACUAAUCAAUGUAUUAAUUAUAAAUAUAAAUUAACAUUUUAA